AGAUGGGAGUUCUUACAAACGGGAAUUGGACCCUCAGGGGGACAGGAGCGUGAACAGGGGAAACAAGUAAUAGGGUACCUGAAAACAGGAAAGCCGCUUGAUUUAGUGGAAAGAGGGCUGGUCUAUUCCAUGAAAUGUUCCCUCAACUUUUCGUAGUAAUAUGAAAACCUGACACAUUUACAUGGAAAAAAACAACAAUUACAUGUGUGCUUUGGUUCAACUAUGGAAAAAGAAAGUCACUUUAGUUACUCUAGCUAAACAAAGAGUACUGAGUUGCUUUGGGACAAAGUUGAAAGAGAAAACCCCGGAUUUCCUUGGGAGGAAAGUGUUUUUAGCCACCAGUAUUGUCAUAAUAAAGAGAAAGACUUAAAGAGUCUCCGGAAACUCAGCGGCAGCUCUACCCCGUCCUAUGGAGUAGGCUUCCACCCAGCUCGACGGCAUAGGCAUUCUUGAAGUUGACUUCCAGUGAAAUGAUGUUCAACCCUGGCUUCAAGGCUGAUCGGCUUCGGGUCAACUUGCAACUGGCUUCCACUCGCCUAAAACUCCUGGAAAAAAAGAAAACCGAGCAGACCCAGAAAGCAAGGAAGGAAAUCGCUGACUAUCUGGCUUCUGGGAAGGAUGAACGUGCUCGGGUCCGAGUGGAGCACGUCAUCCGGGAAGACUACCUUGUGGAGGCCAUGGAGAUUUUGCGGCUGUACUGUGACCUGCUGCUUGCCCGGUUUAGCUUGAUGCAGGCCACCAAGGAGCUGGAUUCUGGUCUAGCCGAAUCUGUGUCUACACUAAUCUGGGCUGCUCCUCGACUCCAGUCAGAAGUGCCUGAAUUGAAAACAGUAUCUAAUCAGCUGUGUGCAAAGUAUAGCCAAGAAUAUGGUCAGCUCUGCCGAACCAAUGAGAUUGGAACAGUCAGCUCUCGGCUAAUGUGCAAGUUAAACAUGGACAUGCUACCCCAAGGCCUGGUGGAACAAUACCUGAUAGAGAUUGCUAGGAACUACAGUGUGCCAUAUAAUCCCACAGUUAGGGGUGAAGCUCCAGCACACCUGAUCAGUAUUGGAUUUACUGGGGAUGUGAAGAAGGAUGCUCUAGGCAGAGGAGAUGGUACUAUAGCAAGAAAUGAUGAUCCACUUGGAGCAUCACCAAUAGCUACACUAGGGCCCUUGCCUGCACCAUCCCAAGCCUCCUGUUUCUCAUCCAUUCCUCCUGAGAGAGAGAAUAAUGACUGUAAGAAGAACGAUUUGCUUCCUGCACUGACUCCUAGUCCAGGACUCAACCCUCAAACUCUUCCAAAGUCAGAAUCAAGAAUCAAGAUUGGUUUUGAUAACUUUAUGCUGCCUGAUUUGCCUGAGGUAAAACUUCAAGCAAGCUCAUCCAUUGACCCUUAUGAUUCAGAAGAGGUUGAUUUUGAAGAUCUGAACAGGAGACUUGAAAUGCUAAAGAAAACCACAUAAUCCCUUAGUCCUGGAUUGAGCAUUUGCCUGGGAAUCAGGCCUCCUGAGCAAAAAUGAACAUGGUCACAUUUAUGUGGGUUUCAAGUUUUCUCAUUCACAAUCCCUUCCAUCUUUUAAAUGCUAUGUUGCACAUACACUGUUCUUUUUGCCCCUUAAGCUUCUAUAACUUGUAUAUGUGUAUUUGUGACUUACUGAACACGAUGCACUGUAUUCAAUAAAUUUUAGUUUUUCCUUGA